UAUAUUCAUUUCUUGUUGAAUUAUUUAUUAUAACCGUGGAAUUAUUUGGCAUUGAGCAACUGAACUCACACUCUCAAAUUGGCUUGGAGUUCAUUUCUUUUGCUUUUUAUCUUACUUGCAAUGGAAGGGAAGUUUUUCUUGGGCCAAUACUUGAUAUGGGUGAUGUUACUGUUGGGGCAGCUACAUGGAUGCAAAGGCUGCAUUAUGAAAGAAAGAGAAGCUUUGUUGGAGCUUAAGAAAUACUUGAUGUCAAGGAGUCGAGAAUCAGGGCUCGACUAUGUUCUCCCUACUUGGACUAAUGAUACAAAGAGCGAUUGCUGCCAGUGGGAUGGCAUUAAAUGCAAUCGUACAAGCCGGCGGGUUAUUGGGCUUUCUGUUGGUGAUAUGUACUUUAAAGAGAGCUCUCCUUUAAAUCUUUCUUUGCUCCAUCCCUUUGAAGAAGUUCGAAGUCUGAACUUAUCUACUGAAGGAUACAACGAAUUUAAUGGCUUCUUUGAUGACGUAGAAGGUUAUAGAAGCUUAAGUAGAUUAAGAAACUUGCAGAUCAUGGAUCUCUCAACAAAUUAUUUCAACUACAGCAUAUUUCCUUUUCUUAAUGCCGCUACAUCGCUUACAACUAUUUUUCUCACGUAUAACGAAAUGGAUGGACCUUUUCCUAUUAAAGGACUAAAAGACUUGACAAACUUGGAACUGCUGGAUUUGAGAGCAAACAAAUUAAAAGGCUCCAUGCAAGAGUUGACUCAUCUGAAAAAGCUGAAAGCUCUUGAUUUAAGUUCGAAUAAAUUAUCCACCUCAAUGGAAUUUCAAGAACUAAAAAAUUUGAUUAACUUGGAAGUCUUGGGUCUUGCUCAGAAUCAUGUGGACGGACCUAUACCAAUAGAAGUAUUCUGUAAUAUUAAGAAUCUGCGAGAGCUCGAUCUCAGAGGAAAUCAUUUUGUAGGCCAGCUUCCUAUUUGUUUAGGUAGAUUGAAGAAGCUACGGGUUCUUGAUCUCUCAUCCAACCAACUAAGUGGAAUUCUACCAUCUAGUUUCAAUAGCCUUGAGUCUCUCGAAUACCUAUCAUUGCUAGAGAACAAUUUUGCUGACUCAUUCUCGCUCAAUCCACUCACCAACCUUACAAAGCUCAAGGUGUUCAAACUUUCAUCAAGAUCACAUACGAUACAAGUCAAGAUGGAGAGUACUUGGCAGCCGAAAUUUCAACUGAGUAUUGUUGUACUAAGAUUUUGCAGCUUGGUGGGAAUCCCGUCCUUUCUCGUGUACCAAAAGAAGUUGCGUCUAGUUGAUCUUUCGAGCAACAAAUUAUCUGGAAAUAUUCCUACCUGGCUGCUGACGAAUAAUCCAGGACUUGAAGUCCUACAGUUGCAGAAUAAUUCAUUUAUCAACUUUUCAAUGCCUACAAUAGUGCAUAAUUUGCAGAUCUUGGAUUUCUCAGCAAAUAAUAUCGGGAAGUUCCCUGAUAAGAUGGAUCAUGCGCUACCGAAUCUGGUACGUUUAAAUGGCUCGAAUAAUGGGUUCCAAGGGUGUUUCCCAACGUCUAUUGGUGAGAUGAAGAAUAUAUCAUUCUUGGAUCUAUCUAAUAAUAACUUCUCUGGGAAGUUACCUAGAAGCUUUGUCACAGGUUGUGUUUCACUAAUGUUCCUGAAGCUCUCUCACAACAAAUUUAGCGGCCAUUUUCUCCCAAGAGAAACAAACUUCCCUUCACUUGACGUGUUGAGAAUGGAUAACAACUUAUUUACGGGGAAGAUCGGAGGUGGUUUGCGUAACUCCACAAUGUUGCGGAUUCUAGACAUGUCCAACAAUGGUCUCACUGGUGCUAUUCCAAGAUGGUUAUUUAAAUUUUCUUAUUUGGAUUACGUAUUGAUAUCCAACAAUUUCUUAGAAGGUACGAUACCACCUUCUUUGUUGGGAAUGCCUUUUCUUUCGUUUUUGGAUCUUUCUGGAAACCAAUUUUCUGGAGCCUUACCGUUACAUGUUGAUAGCGAGCUCGGGAUAUAUAUGUUCCUACAGAACAAUAACUUCACAGGGCCAAUCCCGGAUACACUAUUGCAAAGUGUUCAGAUACUUGAUCUGCGGAACAAUAAACUCUCUGGGAGUAUCCCGCAGUUUGUUGAUACAGAGAGCAUAAAUAUUCUAUUGUUGAGGGGGAACAAUUUAACAGGAUCUAUUCCAAGGGAGCUUUGUGAUUUGAGAAACAUUAGACUUUUAGAUCUCUCGGACAACAAGCUCAAUGGUGUCAUACCUUCAUGCCUGUCUAAUUUGUCAUUUGGACGCUUACAAGAAGACACAAUGGCUCUCAACAUUCCUCCCUCUUUUCUUCAAACAAGCCUUAAGUUGGAAUUAUACAAAUCCACUUUUUUGGUAGAUAAGAUCGAAGUAGACCGCUCUACCUAUCAAGAAACUGAAAUCAAAUUUGCAGCGAAGCAAAGGUAUGAUUCUUAUAGUGGAAGAUCUGAGUUCAGCGAAGGAAUUCUUCGUCUUAUGUACGGGAUGGAUCUGUCAAACAAUGGAUUAAGUGGUGUUAUCCCAACAGAGCUUGGAGGUCUCUUGAAACUAAGAACCUUGAAUCUAUCUCACAAUUUCUUGUCGAGCUCUAUACCAUUUAGCUUCUCCAAACUGAGGGAUAUGGAGAGCCUUGAUCUUUCUCAUAACAUGUUGCAAGGAAGCAUUCCUCAUCAACUCACUAGCCUUACUUCUCUUGCUGUGUUCGACGUGUCUUACAACAACUUAUUAGGAAUCAUUCCCCAAGGAAGGCAAUUUAACACCUUUGAAGAGGACAGCUACUUAGGUAAUCCUCUGCUUUGUGGACCACCGACCAGUAGAAAUUGUGAGACUAAGAAAAGUCCAGAGGAAGCAGAUAAUGGAGGAGAAGAAGAAGAUGAUGAAGCUGCUAUCGACAUGGUGGUGUUCUAUUUUAGUACUGCAUUAACUUAUGUGACUGCGUUGAUAGGCAUUCUUGUACUUAUGUGCUUUGAUUGUCCUUGGCGUCGAGCAUGGCUCCGCAUUGUCGAUGCUUUCAUCGUCGCUGUGAAAAAUAUGUUGCCUUAGAAUUGUCAUUUUGAGUUCAGAUCAAAAGCUUGAAUCCGUUGUGUUUGAGUAAGUAGUAUAUAUGUGCUUUGGAUUACUACAAA